UUAAAUUUUCCGAAGGCGAACAGUAUAACUUUCGUCUCAAUACCACCAAUAUAUUAGACCCAGAAUGGGUAUAUACAGAGCAUUCUGUCGAUACCAAGAUACAGUGUGCUUCAUUAUGCUUUCAGGAUGGCGAAUCUUGUUUCUAUUUCGGUUACAAAAAUCGGGAAUGUAAGCUGAUGACUAAGUCAGUGGAUGAAAGAAUUUGUUCCGUGGAUAGCUGUAGCAAUCCAGGCAUGAAGAUCUAUAAAUUAAAAAGGGAAGAAAUGACGACAAAAGCUCCUGAAAAAGAAACAACUACUACAGAUGCACCUACUAUUCCUACCACCACCACCGCUGCGGUCACAACAACUACUACUACAGACGCAAUUACAACUACUACAACUACAGAGCCAACUACAACUUCGAUUACUACUGAGGCUGAUACAACGACUACUACUACCACAGAACCCACUACAACUUCUACUACGACGGAGGCUGGUUCUACGACUACCACCGUCACAGAACCAAGUACAACUUCUACUACACAAGCAGGUACUACGACAACCACUACUACAGAAUCUACUACAACUUCUACUACUACCGUCACUACCACAACAACAGAAGCAGCCGAAGAACCUUUCGAAUGCAAGCCACCGCAGGCCGCUGAAGCGGAAGUUGAUUGUGGAAGCAGUUUUUUCCUUUUAAGAGCCAUGGGGUCGAGGAGCCCAUUCUUUAAGGAUGUUCUUAGUCCUGCUUGUACAGAUAUGAAGGAACAGGUUUACCGAGAUGAAGAGGUCGUAGAAACAUUCUUCUCACCUAAUGGCGGACUCUCAAUAACGGCUCAGUGUCCGAACAAUGACGAUGUCGUAGUGGAAUUUAAACUUUGCGUUAAGGAUUAUCGCAUACCAGUUAUCACUCUCCACUGCCACCCCAUGAAGGAUAAGGGCAGGAUGAAGGACGUUUAUAAUGUGACUAGUGAUGAAAUGAAGCACACACUGGUGGACUGCGGGAAAAACGGUGCGAUUCAAAAAAUGUUUUUUGAAGACACAGGCCAAGCUGUCACCACUAGAGUGAUCUUCACUUGCGUAAUGGUUGAAGUCAAAGAUGAUUUACCUGCUGGCGUGUGACGACCUGUGUUUCAAAACAGCCCGAAUAAUGAAUCUCUUUCAUAGUACAUAAAGUUAACAUCAAAGAAAUAUUUGUUAUUGUAAAAAAAAAACAUAGUAAUAUUGUUUUGUUACCAAGCCUAUAGCCGCGAAAUAAGAAAUAAUUUUAGCAAUUUUAAUGCAUCACAUAUUUUUUUCAUUUAAUAUUUAACACUGUUCAUUCUUAUUUCGAAAAAAUAAAAUUUCUUU